AUGGCGGCGGCCGCCAUGGCGUCCUCCCGGGUGAGCUCGGGUAACAAUGGCUCGUCGUCGCCGUCACCGUCACCAGCGCCUGGAUCUCGCCCAUCGGCUGUACCGAGACUUGCUGCAGUCGUUCGUGGUGUGGCUCCUAGGAAGUCGGUGAUAUCGAGACUCACGCAGUUCUCCAAACCCGUUUCGGUGGUUCCUUUCGCCCCUGAACGCCUCAGUAUCACGCAAACAGCAUUGACACCUGAAAUGAUGAAAAGCAUCGCGGAGAAAGGGCAACAACGUGAACGCGCGUCAUCUCGAAAAGAAGAUUCGGUGACGACGCUGUUUGCAGCUCUACGAAUGCGACGAGCGCUGCAUCGAGUACAAGCUGGACACGAACAGAUGGGACCUCGCAUUCUAAUCGACGAAACCAAAGCGAACCUCGAAAGACACCUCAAAGUGCUCUCGCGAUAUAAAAUUCGACAAGUGGACACCGAUGCCGAUGAGAGACAACAAUUGCGGAAUCUCCCGCCUUUGAUGGUGAACCCUCACAGCUCCGUGUUCAAGCUGUGGCAGCUGGUGACGUUAGUUAUCAUCAUUUACCAGAGUAUCAUGCUGCCAUUUGCACUCGCUUUCGGCUCCAACGACACGACCGUAGUCGAUAUCUUAAUGAGCAGCAUCUUUGCACUGGAUAUCGCGGUGGCAUUCAACACACCUUUCGCAGAGGACGCUGACGAGAUGGUGUAUACCACCGAUCGAUGGCUCAUUGCAUCCAACUAUGUACGAGGAUGGUUUUUCUUUGACUUACUGGCGUGUAUGCCUUUCGAUUAUGUGCUGUUACUGGUCAACAAUUCCAAGAGCAAUCUCAGUGUACUUGGACUACUAAAGGCACUACGCGUGCCUCGAUUACUGCGACUAGUGCGCAUACUGCGUGUAGCCAAAUUGUUCAAAAUGCGACCGGAGCUGCGACGAUGGCUACAGUAUUCACGACACGCCAACCUCCUACGACUGGUUCGUCUUGUGGUGUCUUUCCUUGUCAUUAAUCACUACGUGGCGUGUUUCUGGCACGGAAUGGUCAUGUCGGAGCGAACUCGCGCUUCGGACUCGAGCGUCGAUGUGCGGCACUUGUACGUGGUCGCGUUUUACCAGUCCUUACUCGUCGUUAUGGGGCAAAACAUCGCUGUGUACGAAGAUACCGAGAUUAUCUUCUGUGUUCUUGUCAUGGUCGUGGGGGCCGUGCUUAUGGCUGUUGUUUUCGGAAAUGUAGCCAUCCUCAUUGCCAAUUACUACGAGUCCCAGAGCUCGCACCAGAAGAAGAUGGAGUGGCUUUUUGCGAGUAUGAACCGAAUGAAGCUGCCCUACGAUCUACAGAACCGCAUCAACGCGUAUUAUCAGGCCAUGUGGGAGCGUCACGGCACUUUAGAUGGCGCGGUGACGGCAUUUAUACCGGAACUAUCACGAAAUUUAGCGUGUGAAGUCGAGUUAUUUCUUCGAAUGGAUAUGAUCAACCGAGCGCCAAUUUUCCAGAAUUGCAGCGCCAAAGUCGUCCAGGAACUCGUCAUGGAGCUGGAGCUGCAGGUUUUCAUGCCUGGUGAUUACAUUGUUGUGCGUGGGGAAGUAGGGAACGACAUGUACUUUGUUCAGAAUGGGAUCUGUGAGGUUACGAAGGAAGUGGACGUAGCUCCCGUGCCACUACCUCGAAACCCUUCUCGUCUGUCUCAAGCGUCUCAAGUUGCACAAGCAGUGCUGCACCGUAAAGGAUCUCAAUCACCCAGACAAAGUAACGCAUCGCAACUACCACAGACCUCCAUGGCAAUUAAAACCAAGGAAAUUAUACUGAAAGUGCUAGGUCAGGGCGACUACUUUGGAGAGAUCGCAUUGCUUAUGAACUGCAAGAGAACGGCAAACGUUCGAGCUCAAGUGUUUUCAGAGCUCUGUACGCUUACACGAGAGGUUUUCGAGAGUAUUUCGCAGCGGUAUCUUGAGGAUCGAAGUAUUAUCGAGAAGUUUAUCAUGGACAAGUAUGACCCGAGUAUGCUGCAGGCUGCAAUGAAGCAGUCUCAGGAAGUUAGUAUGCGCAGCUCCGGCCCGGCAGCUACAGUAGCUGCCGCUCCGAGAACGACAAAUUCAUCCCCCAAGUCGAAUAACUCAAGUCCUGCUGGCGCCAGCCACGCGAUGAGCUUUGGAGAAGCGACAUCGCGUGGAGAAAUGGCUACAGCAAAGAUUACAGGUCUGCUCACCAAGGUACUGCAGCGAAUCGACCACCUUGAGGAGCAGCUUGGAAAAGAAGCAGAAGCUCGACGGGAAAGCGAAACGAGACUGCGAAUUACUCUGAACGAAGCUGCCCGACGUCUCUCUACGUCGUCUCGUUCAUCUGCCUCCAGUGUCUUAGAUCCAAUGCCACUGAAGCAUUCGGAGGCGCUCAGACGCCGCUCAAUAAAAGCAGUGUUGGCGCUUCGGGAGUCGGAAGAACCUUUAGAGCAGGGUCGAGUUCUUCGUCAAGCUCUCGCCGUUCGAGUUCUUGCAGCACGACGCGAGCAAACGACUCGUGCAUUGACCCGAAUCUGCUGA